AGGACAAAGAAGAACAGCAGCAACAACCUCAUCCAUUCCAUCACCGCCUGUCUAUCCACAAACAAAAAACAUUCUUUUGAGAGCCUUGACUUGAGGAUAAGCAGCUCGUUAGAGUGAAGAGCCACACAGACACAGACUCUAGAGUUAAUCCAUGGAAGCUGGAAGGAAUUUUCUCUCUUCAGCGUCGUCGUUUCCUCUAGGAACCCACCUUAGAAACUGUCUUUCCUCCUCUUCGUCUUCUUCUUCUACUUCAGUUUUGAUGCUUCAUGAGCAAGCAGCUCCUGCUGUUACCUCUAUGCUAAGCUCUUCUACAGCACGACGGUGUUAUACUUCAGUUCUAUUACAAGAGCAGCGUGAUGAAACUGGGCCUCCGUCGCACGUAUUCAAGAAAGACGUAACAUCCUGGGCAAUUUCAGAGAGAAGGCAGAUGGAGACUGAGGCCUCAGUCCAUGAAGACAAAAGCCCUGGAAACUCUUACCAAUUGGUGCAAGACUUUGAGCGCCAGUUGCUUCACUGGCCUGGUUUAUGGCACUUGUUUCCAUCCUUGCAAACAGGAAAAGAUACAUCCUCCUCCUUGACUAUGCAGCCUGUUACCACUGAUAUGGAGAAGCCGAUGGAUGUUGAAGCAUGUAAUGUGGUGGCCCUUGCUAAGAAAGCUUUGUCAGCCUCUAAAGAAGCGGCCUUAUUAGCCGAGGACUCCGAAUUAAUUGGAACUGAUUUUGAUGAUCCACUGGGAAGUUUGGUGAACUUACCACUUGAGGAGGGGAAAAGGGUAAGGUCAACACGGCUUCUUGAGAGGCGAUCUAAGAAGAGAAGGGUGCCAAAGCCAAUAGCUCCGGUUUAUGAGAUUAACAGUUCUAGAAAUGUAGAUGUAAAAAGAAAGAUUAGUGAAGGUUUUGAUCCAAAUGAUCCCCUUCGGUUGUUCUUGUGGGGUCCUGAAACAAAACAACUUUUGACCGCCCAAGAAGAGUCUGAAUUGAUUGCUCAAGUACAGGAUUUAAUGAAAUUAGAGGAAGUGAAGAGUAGGCUUCAAUCUCAUUUCAGCCGUGAACCAACAUUGCAUGAAUGGGCUGAAGGAGUGGGGCUUAGUUAUCGGGUCCUGAGGUUACAAGUUUACUCUGGUAACAGCAGCCGAAAAAAGCUGAUUUAUGCAAACUUACGUAUGGUGGUUCACAUUGCUAAACAAUAUCUGGGGCGUGGUCUCAGCCUUCAGGAUUUAUUACAGGAGGGCAGUAUGGGUCUUAUGAAGAGUGUGGAGAAGUUCAAACCCCAAGCCGGUUGUCGGUUUGGAACUUAUGCUUAUUGGUGGAUAAGGCAGACAAUUAGGAAGGCCAUAUUCCAACAUUCCAGGACAAUCCGUUUGCCGGAGAAUGUCCAUACUCUACUGGGCAAGGUGAUGGAGUCAAAGAGACAACUCAUUCAGGGAGGAAAUCAUUGUCCAACCAAAGAAGAAUUAGCUCGACAUGUUGGGAUCACAGUUGACAAGUUGCAGAAAUUGCUAUAUAGCACAAGAAUGCCUCUUUCAAUGCAGCAACCUGUCUGGGCAGACCAAGAUACCACUUUUCAGGAGAUUACUGCCGAUACUGGGACUGAGACUCCAGAUGUGAGUGUGUCGAAGCAGCUGAUGAGGCAGCACGUGCGCCACCUCCUAAGCAUUCUCAGCCCAAGAGAGCGGCGGAUAAUCAGGCUAAGGUUUGGCAUUGAAGAUGGGAAUCAAAAGUCAUUAUUGGAAAUUGGGAAUAUGUUUGGGUUGUCUAAGGAGAGGGUGCGGCAGCUGGAGAAUCGAGCGUUAUAUAGGCUCAAGCAGCAACUUGGCAGGGAAGGACUUGGGGCAUAUUCUGAUUUGCUUGUUUAGCUGUUAAAAGACAAGGCUAUGGUGCUGUUUUUAUAUGCUAUUUUGAAAG